AUGUAUAGAGAUAUAAUUUGUGCGAACAUUAAACUGGAAGCAGUGUGGGCUAGUAAAAUAGGAGCUCAAAUGAGGAACGAUGUCACUCCAGUUUCCACGUCUCCACCAACAAUGCCACCAGCACACGUUACAGCCGAUCAAGUAUCGGAGUUUUUGCGUUUGCAUCCAGAUUUUUUGGAACGUUAUGUGACGGAGGAAGUGGAAUUGGAACAAUUGGAACGAUGGAUAAUAAGGAGAUCUCAAAGAUUGAAGAAAAAAACCGGGUCGUGCUCUAAAAACAACCGAAAAACAAGCUUAUCGAGAUGGAAGUUUUGCGUUCACGCAGAUAAACGACAAAUGCUCCAAGAUCUAACUCACAGUUUACAAUUGAACCCGCAAAAAGAUCAUGUGUUAUGGGAACUUGCAAAUUGCAUUUCCUCGGCGGUUGGUGUCGACGGUUUUAGAUUACAUAUCCCAGAUAAAAAUAAUGGAGACCAACUUUGCUUAUACUUAGGACCUGAAGAUAAAACCGAGCAUGACGAGAUCAAAAUUCACAAAGUUAAAAAUGGGGUUACCGUUCCUUCGUAUGUCGCAAGAACUUUAGAACCCAUCCAUUUGUCUAGCGAUAGUCUUGAUCCUAGAUUUCCGGGAGCAAUAUCCGAAGAG